UCCGCUUCACGACUGUCUUUGCUUACGAGUUCGAAGUUUAAGUCAAGCAUGAUCGGAGGAUGGCGUCCACUUGUUCCGUUUCUAUGGCAAGGCACCAAGAUGUACGCCACCAGAAAUUUGUCCGCCGUGACUCGUGUUUGUAGCAAUUUAUUGAACUACAACCAGAGUGCUUCAUACACGACAGACACCAAGAAAGGUACCAUUCUGGACCGAUUGAAUGCAGGCGAUAUAAUUGUCGGCGAUGGGGGCAUGACCUUUUGCUUAGAGAAGCGAGGAUAUGUCAAAGCAGGACCGUGGACCCCAGAGUGCACUGUGGAAAGUCCGGAGGCUGUUCGUCAGGUGCAUCGCGAAUUUCUUCGCGCUGGCGCUGAUGUCAUUCAAGCUUUUACAUUUUCUAUGGAUGAUGAAGUUAUUGAUGAGAAGAACGACGAAAUCAAUCAGUCUGCUUGUGACCUGGCAAAGGGCGUGGCACAAGAGGGAGGGGUGUUUGCAGCAGGGUCCAUCUGUCAAACAGCAAAGCUUUACGUAAAUGGUGCCGGUAAAGAAAAAAUACAGAAAAGAUUCGAGGAACAGAUCCAAAUAUUUCUAAAGAAUGACAUGGAUCUUCUGAUCGCCGAGUUCUUUGAGUAUGGCGAGGAAGCUGAAUGGGUCGUAGAAGUGAUGAAAACCACAGGUAAACCAACUGCCAUUACGAUGUGCAUCGGACCACAGGGAGACUUUGCCAAUGUGUCACCAGGAGAGUGCGCAGUGAGACUGGCAAGAGCAGGUGCUGAUAUCGUUGGAGUAAAUUGUAAAUUCGAUCCCACUACUUCCAUAAAAACUCUCAUUCUAAUGAAAGAAGCUCUGGAUAAAGAAGGACUCAGUCCUCAUCUGAUAAUCCAGCCUGUUGGUUACCACACUCCAGACGCCGGAAGAGCUGGAUUUGCUAGUUUACCCGAGCUACCAUUUGCUCUGGAGCCUCGUACACUUACCAGAUGGGACGCACAUAAAUACGCCCGGCAAGCCUAUGACAUGGGAGUGAGGUUCAUCGGCGGCUGCUGUGGAUUCGAACCAUAUCACAUCCGGGCUAUCGCAGAGGAACUCUCUCCAGAACGCGGUUUUCUUCCUGUUGCAAGUGAAAAACACGAACUGUGGGGGGGAGGGUAUAAAAAUCACCCGAAAGAAUGGAUGGGACGAAGGGCUAACCGCGCUUAUUGGGAAAAUCUGGAACCUGCUAGUGGUCGUCCUUACUCUCCCGCGGUCUCAAAAUUUGACGGACCUGCUUGAUGAAGUCACAGUUGAACAUAAAUUUCACUUGCUAGAAGAAAUUUUAGUUUAGCAACUUGUAUUCGUAUUCGCAUAGAAAAAUCGAACAAAAAGGAAAUUUUAAGAUAUUAUUUCUGACCAUUCGCUAUCUUGUAACUAUACUGAAAGUUAACAUAGACAAAUGAAGCCUCUUGCUUAUGGGGAACCAUUUGUGCCAGAAUUAUCAAUCGCUUGUUGUAAAACUCAGUCGUUAGAGCUAGCAACAAAUCGUGAUUGUAAAUAAAUUUUAGUUUCCAUUCUUAAA